UUCUCCUUCUAUCAUGAAACCAAGUCCUUUGCAUUUUGAUCAGAGUACACCAAAAAAAGAGAGGCCCAGUCCGAUGAGAACAAGGGGCAAUUUUCCAAAUUCUCCACUGAUCAGAGGGAGAAUGGUUAAGGAUGAAAAUUCAAGCAUGGUUUUCAGAUCUACAGUGGGUGGGCUUUUGUCUAAGAUGUCAGAUUCAAAGGGAGAAAGCCCUGUCCAUGUCAGGAAGAGCUGUGUUACGCCUUUUUCUGUCUUUAAGGUUGCAAGGAGCAAGAGUGUGUGCAAACCAGAGCCAAUGAUCCCAAAAAGUCUCUUCAACAAUACUGUAGGAAAAGAAGAGUUCAACUCCCACUCCCAGAUUAAGAAAUGUAAGAGUAGGAGCCUCUUCCAAUCAGGCAGGGGAAGAACAGAAACAGAACAACUCAAAUUCCAAUGGAACUUUACAACUGCAAUCUCAGUCUGGUAAUUCAAAAUCCAAGCACGUUGGUAGUCUGUCCAUGUCUUUACCUGGAAACCUUAGUGUGCUUGGAAAGGUAACUUUAUAAUUUGGGAUUGUUAAUGCA